GGAGUGUGUGCGAGAAACUUGAAAUGUGUUCCAUUAACAAGAAAACCACCCACCCCUUUUUAUUGUCCUUUUUUUCUUUCCACCUUGCUUUUUUUGUACUGCUCAUCUCUAACCAGUUUUCUCCCAUUGCCUGUUUCCAGGCUUCCUUUGGGAGUUCCAGCCCAGGUUUGGAACAGGAGUUCCUUCUUCUGAGAUUCCGGCAGUGCGAAGCUUUUGGGUACGGGUAGGCGCAUCUGCCAAAAGAUGCUUUGUGUAUUUUCUCGGUUUCUUCAUGUUAAAAGUCACUUGUUUGGUUCUAGAAGGGCCAAGCCCUGUAGAGCUGUUCUCUCUUGUACAAACCACUUUCUGCUUUGCUAAAUGUAUAUUUUUUCAUAAGUAUGUCCCCCUGAAUUGAGAAGAAAUUUCUUAUUGAGAAAUGAACUUAAAGUUGCAGCCUUGAAAUCUGAGAUCUUCAGAAUUGACUAAUGUUCCCCUUUCUUUCCUGCUUAGCUGUUUUCUCUCUUUCCCACAGGCCUCGCCCCCAGCUUCUUCGUCCCAUCAGUCCUUCCACCUUUUAAAAAGAGGAGACUCUCUCUCUCUCUGCUGCCCACCCAGAGAGAAACGCCAAGGCACCAGGAAAUCAUGUCACGUAAAAGAAAAGUGGACUCCGAGUGCAGAGUUUUCAACGAACAGUGGACAUACGACUACUUUUUCACCCAAUACAAAGAAAGAGGCGUUUGUCUUAUUUGCCACGACACGGUGUCUGUCUUCAAGCAAUUCAAUAUCCAACGACACUACAAUACUCACCACAAGGAUAGAUAUUCUUCUUUGACAGGACAAUUAAGAAAAGAUGAAAUAGCAAGACUGAAAACUGCCUUGACAGCUCAACAAAAUGUGUUUGUGAAGCGGAAGCAGGAGAACAUUUCGUCUUUGCGAGCAAGUUUUCAGAUUUCCAGGCUUAUAGCCCGCAAUGGAAAACCCUUUGUAGAGGGAGAAUUUGUUAAAGAAUGUAUUCUUACAGCCUCCAAAGAGAUGUGUCCGGAGAAGACUGAAUUGUUUUCCACAUUGAGUCUUUCUGGAAGCACAGUGACUCGUAGGAUUGAAGAAAUGGGGGGAAAUUUGCAUGAACUUUUGCAAAAUUCCUCAGAAAAGCUUCGUUACUUCUCGCUGGCACUGGACGAAAGCACAGAUAUCCGUGAUUCUGCGCAACUCCUAAUUUUCAUCCGUGGAACAAAUGAAAAGUUUGAAUUCACAGAAGAGCUUGCUGCACUGCAAAGCAUCAAGGGAACAACGACUGGAGAGGAUAUCUUUGCAAAAGUUCAGCAAACUAUCCAUGAUUUGAAGUUGGACUGGGCUAAACUUGCCAGUAUCACAACAGAUGGUGCUCCUAGCAUGGUGGGGCGUACAAGAGGAGUGGUUGCACGCAUCAACCAAGAGAUGGACAGACACAAUCAGCCACAUCCAAUAGCAAUACACUGCCUUAUCCACCAACAAGUGCUGUGUUGCAAAAGAUCGCUGAAGUUGGACGCAGUCAUGAAAACUGUGGUGUCCUGUGUGAACUUCAUUAGAGCUCAUGCACUUAACCACAGGCAGUUUCAAGAAUUUCUGUCAGAGUUAAAUGUUGAGCAUGAAGAUCUACCAUACCACACAGAGGUCCGUUGGCUGAGUCGAGGAAGAGUUUUAAAACGUUUCUACGAAUUACUUCCUCAAGUUUAUGAUUUUAUGCUGAUGAAAGACAGAGAAGUGCCAGAGCUCCAAGAUGACGAAUGGAAAUGGCUGCUUGCCUUUCUGACUGACAUAACCGAGCUACUGAACAGUUUCAAUAUUCAAUUGCAAGGAAAGGGGAAGCUCAUUGGUGAAAUGUUUGCACAUGUGAAAGCGUUCCAAGGGAAAUUAGACUUAAUUGUUAGACAUGUGAAGGAGAAAAACUUUUUUCAUCUCCCCACAACUCAAAACCGGUCAUUGGGAAAUCCAACAGUUCCAUUCCCAAAAGAAGCAUGUGUGGAUUUAGUGGAGAGUCUGCAAAAGGAGUUCCAAACAAGAUUUAAGGAGCUUCACAUCCAUGAAAAGGACAUACAUCUUUUCCGAAACCCUUUUUGUGUGGACAUUGACACUGCAGAUCCCAUUCACCAAAUGGAAUUGAUUGAACUGCAAACUUGUGAUGCUUUGAAAGACGCAUUCAAGACAAGCAGCCUUGCAGAUUUCUACGCAUCUCUCCCCUCAGAGACAUAUCCAAACAUCAGAAACCAUGCACUCAGAUUUGCAACGGUCUUUGGCAGCACAUAUGUCUGCGAGCAAACUUUCUCUAGGAUGAAACAUCUGAAAUCUCCCACGAGAUCAAGACUGACAGAUGAACACUUACAUCACUUGCUAAGACUAGCAGUGACCAAUAUGGAACCAGAUAUAGACCAUCUCAUCAGCCAAAAGCAGGCCCAUUUUUCCCAUUGAAGUUUUUGUUGAUUACAAUCAUUCUUUAAUUUAAAUAUUGUAUGGUGUUGUUUUAUUUAAAAUAUUAUUUUGUGUUGAUUAAAAUCAUUAUUUUAAAUUUAAAUAUUGUAUUGUUUUCCUGUUUUUUUGUGCACCAAAUGCAAUAUGUUCAAUGUGCAUAGGAUUUCGGCUCCCCCCCACCCCCCAAAAAUAUAGUCCGGCCCAGCGAAGGGUCUGAGGGCGGUGGACCGGCCCCCGGCUGAAAAAGUUUGGGGACCCCUGGGAUAAAGUAACUGCCUUUUGGUUCCAGAGGGUACAGCUACUAUUGGUUCAUUUAAGCUGCUGUAUUUGGAUCCUCUGUCUUAUUGGUUUCCUCCAAAAGGCAGCACUGUGAUUGCUUGAUAUUGUUCCCUCCAAAAUGUAUCCCUUCCUAGCUAGUCCCCUGUCCCUAUAAAUGUAGCUUUCCUCUCC